AGGGAUCGGGGGUGGCUGGGUGGGCGUCUGCGGUGCCUCCCCCUCGCUUUCAUUCCUUUCUCCCCCAAGCUUGAUCCCCUCUCCGUGGGGGAAGCAGCCGCGGAACAAAACUGUCUUGCUUUGGGCCUGAACUGCUGGUGGGGUAAGGGAUUGGGAGCAGAGGCGUGGAGCGGGGGUCUCAGGUUUGCGCUGGGGUGUGUGCGUGUGUGUGUGCGCGUGUGGUGUGUGUGUGUGUGUUGUGAACUCCUUCAGGGUGUGCGACUCUGACUUGUAAAUCGAUCUGGCCGCGGGGCCACGGGGCUCACCUUCCUAGCUGAGCUUGAUAGAGAGUAAGGAGAUAGAUAGGCGAAUCUCCCCCACCCUCAAAAUAUCCGUCUCUUCCAAGAGGAAUUUUCUGCUGGAGAGACAGCCAAUAAACUCUGCUCAACUCCCUCCCUCCCUCGCUUCUUCCUAGCUGCAGUUUCAAAAAGCUUCAAAGCCAGGAAUGUGGGAUUCAUCUUCCGAUCCCCAGAAGGCAAAUGUGGUUACAGAUGUUGCACGGUACUUUGCCAAGUUUAAAACCCUUCCUUCAACACUGUAACCAAAACAGUGAGGCUAGAACCUCGGGCGCUCUAAGAAGAGAUGUGGGCCUCUGGGGCCGCUGGAUUCAGUAACUUCCGUCGGGUUCUAAACCGGCUCAGCUCUGUCCAGUUUGUGCCAGAUAGUCUUCCAUCCCCUCCCCACCCCUCCUUUCCCCUGGAGAUUUGAACGCUGCUUGCAUGGGAGAGAAGCUACUUACGUUCCACUUAGUAGCAGAAGAAAAGUCUUGGUUAAAAAGUUGUCAUGAAUUUGGCUUCUGGAGAGAGGCAGCAAGCCUGGAGCGUUGUUAAGCGUCGCAUUGCCAAAGUGAGAGCCACUGGAGAAUUCAUAAUCCCAACAGCGGCUCUUCGACUCCCCAAGUAUCCCAGUGACCAGAGUGAGAGAAGCUCUGAAGGAGGGCACGGGGCUUGAAGGACGGUGGGCAGAUGUGACCGGGAGCCUGCGUGAAGGUAGCUGAGUCAGCGUUACCCGGGAGCUCUCAGAGCGGCGUUGCCAGAACCAGCAGUGCAGCCACAUCAACAAAUCACUUCUUUUAAUACUCUUUGGCAGAGAUCAAAUCUACAGGUUGUACAAUGGUAGAUGGAGUGAUGAUUCUUCCUGUGCUUAUAAUGAUUGCUUUCCCCUCCCCUAGUAUGGAAGAUGAGAAGCCCAAGGUCAAUCCCAAACUCUACAUGUGUGUGUGUGAAGGCCUAUCCUGCGGUAAUGAGGACCACUGUGAAGGCCAGCAGUGCUUUUCCUCACUGAGCAUCAACGAUGGCUUCCACGUCUACCAGAAAGGCUGCUUCCAGGUUUAUGAGCAGGGAAAGAUGACCUGUAAGACCCCACCGUCCCCUGGCCAAGCUGUGGAGUGCUGCCAAGGGGACUGGUGUAACAGGAACAUCACAGCACAGCUGCCCACGAAAGGCAAAUCCUUCCCUGGAACACAGAAUUUCCACUUGGAGAUCGGCCUCAUUAUUCUUUCUGUAGUGUUCGCAGUAUGUCUUUUAGCCUGCUUGCUGGGAGUGGCUCUCCGAAAAUUUAAAAGGCGCAAUCAAGAACGUCUCAAUCCCCGAGACGUGGAGUAUGGCACCAUUGAAGGGCUUAUCACCACCAAUGUUGGAGACAGCACUUUGGCAGAUUUAUUGGAUCAUUCAUGUACGUCAGGAAGUGGCUCUGGUCUUCCCUUUCUGGUACAAAGAACAGUGGCUCGCCAGAUUACACUGUUGGAGUGUGUUGGGAAAGGCAGGUAUGGUGAAGUGUGGAGGGGCAGUUGGCAAGGGGAAAAUGUUGCUGUGAAGAUCUUCUCCUCCCGUGAUGAGAAGUCAUGGUUCAGGGAAACAGAAUUGUACAACACUGUGAUGCUGAGGCAUGAAAAUAUCUUAGGUUUUAUUGCUUCAGACAUGACAUCAAGACACUCCAGUACCCAGCUGUGGUUAAUUACACAUUAUCAUGAAAUGGGAUCUUUGUACGACUAUCUUCAGCUUACUACUCUGGAUACAGUUAGCUGCCUUCGAAUAGUGCUGUCCAUAGCUAGUGGUCUUGCACAUUUGCACAUAGAGAUAUUUGGGACACAAGGGAAACCAGCCAUUGCCCAUCGAGAUUUAAAGAGCAAAAAUAUUCUGGUUAAGAAGAACGGACAGUGUUGCAUAGCAGAUUUGGGCUUGGCAGUCAUGCAUUCACAGAGCACCAAUCAGCUUGAUGUGGGGAACAAUCCCCGUGUGGGCACGAAGCGCUACAUGGCCCCGGAAGUUCUAGAUGAAACCAUCCAGGUGGAUUGUUUCGAUUCUUAUAAAAGGGUCGAUAUUUGGGCCUUUGGACUUGUUUUGUGGGAAGUGGCCAGGCGGAUGGUGAGCAAUGGUAUAGUGGAGGAUUACAAGCCACCAUUCUACGAUGUGGUUCCCAAUGAUCCAAGUUUUGAAGACAUGAGGAAAGUAGUCUGUGUGGAUCAACAGAGGCCAAACAUACCCAACAGAUGGUUCUCAGACCCGACAUUAACCUCUCUGGCCAAGCUAAUGAAAGAAUGCUGGUAUCAGAAUCCAUCUGCAAGACUCACAGCGCUGCGCAUCAAAAAGACUCUGACCAAAAUUGAUAAUUCCCUGGACAAAUUGAAAACUGACUGUUGACAUUUUCAUAGUGUCAAGAAGGAAGAUUUGACGUUGCUGUCAUUGUCCAGCUGGGACCUAAUGCUGGCCUGACUGGUUGUCAGAACAGAAUCCAUCUGUCUCCCUCCCCAAAAGGCUGCUUUCACAAGGCAGACAUCAUACCCAGCCAUGUGUUGGGGAGACAUCAAAACCACCCUAACCUCUCUCGAUGACUGUGAACUGGGCAUUUCACGAACUGUUCACACUGCAGAGACUAAUGUUGGACAGACACUGUUGGAAAGGUAGGGACUGGAGGAACACAGAGAAAUCCUAAAAGAGAUCUGGGCAUUAAGACAGUGGCUUUGCAUAGCUUUCACAAGUCUCCUAGACACUCCCCACGGGAAACUCAAGGAGGUGGUGAAUUUUUAAUCAGCAAUAUUGCCUGUGCUUCUCUUCUUUAUUGCACUAGGAAUUCUUUGCAUUCCUUACUUGCACUGUUACUCUUAAUUUUAAAGACCCAACUUGCCAAAACGUUGGCUGCGUACUCCACUGGUCUGUCUUUGGAUAAUAGGAAUUCAAUUUGGCAAAACAAAAUGUAAUGUCAGACUUUGCUGCAUUUUACACAUGUGCUGAUGUUUACAAUGAUGCCGAACAUUAGGAAUUGUUUAUACACAACUUUGCAAAUUAUUUAUUACUUGUGCACUUAGUAGUUUUUACAAAACUGCUUCGUGCAUAUGUUAAAGCUUAUUUUUAUGUGGUCUUAUGAUUUUGUUACCGAAAUGUUUUUAACACUAUACUCUAAAAUGGACAUUUUCUUUUAUUAUCAGUUAAAUUCACAUUUUAAGUGCUUCACAUUUGUAUGUGUGUAGACUGUAACUUUUUUUCAGUUCAUAUGCAGAACGUAUUUAGCCAUUACCCACAUGACACCACCGAAUAUAUUACUGAUUUAGAAGCAAAGAUUUCAGUAGAAUUUUAGUCCUGAACGCUACGGGGAAAAUGCAUUUUCUUCAGAAUUAUCCAUUAUGUGCAUUUAAACUCUGCCAGAAAAAAAAUAACUAUUUUGUUUUAAUCUACUUUUUGUAUUUAGUAGUUAUUUGUAUAAAUUAAAUAAACUGUUUUCAAGUCAAA